AAUUCUCUAUUCUAUUCUUUUUUCAUUCUUUUUUUUUCUAGAAUUUUCAGAUUUUACGGAUAUAUUUGAAGCAAAAAUAGACGCCCUGCUCUCUCUCUCUCUUUGCCUAUCUUUGUUUUAGUCUCUUCUUCUGUCUCCUAUCUUCUCCUUAGGCCAUGUUUGCGAGCUACGUCCCUGAAAUCAUAGAGUUAAUAGGAAACCGCAAGAAAUAUGGUGGUUCCUAUAGUGCUGUUAAUGGGAGAAAGCACAUCGUGGUCUGUGGUCAUAUUACCCUUGAAAGUGUGUCCAACUUCCUAAAAGACUUCCUACACAAGGACAGGGAUGAUGUCAAUGUAGAAAUUGUUUUUCUCCAUAAUAUUUCCCCUAAUCUUGAGCUGGAAGCCUUGUUUAAACGCCACUUCACCCAGGUGGAGUUCUACCAGGGAUCUGUUCUCAACCCACAUGACCUGGCCAGAGUCAAG